UAUCUAAUACAACUGCCAUUUUGUUUUUCAGUUGAAGAUCCAAUGCAGCUACGGUUGUUCUUGUGAAAAUGGCUUUAUUCGACGUUUAGAUAUUGGUUUUAGUGUGUUUUUUUCUUAAAUUGAAAGACUCUUGUUGAGAAGUAGUGGAUGGUAGAGUAAAAGACCGAAGGACCAACUUUCCUUGUAUAUUGUGAUUUAAUUGUUCAUGUUUACGUUAGGGUCUUCUGGCCUACGACGUUCUUUUAGAUUGGUACUGUAGCUAGCUAGUUAUCUCGGUGGCAAAAUGGCGGCGAAUACGACCCAGACAGCUCCAGCUGCUAACUGUCACGUGUCUCCUGUCUGUUGUAGGUCGUUUGGUGCAGCAGCAGGUCCAGAGGGCCAGACAGUCUCGGAAAACCCAGAGUGGGAGAAGGCCAGACAAGCACUGGCCUCCAUCAGCAAGACCCAGAGCGCCACCAAGACCGCUCAGGCCAACCGGACCACAGCACAGGCUGGUCAGUUUCAGCCUGCAGUUACUGAGUCCACAGCCAUACAGCAGCAACAGCAGCAGUACUACCAACAGUGGUACCAACAGAACCAGCAGGAACCGUAUCCUGGAUACACCUACCCCUACAAUUACUACUACCCCAUGGCGCCGGGCCCCUAUGGUGGUGGUGGCUAUCCUCCUCAGGGCCAGUAUGGUGUACCUCCAGGACCUUACCCCUCUCCCACCACUCCAACUGGACAGCCUCCAUCCCUGCCCGUGAUGGAUGACCAGUCCUCCAGCUACCCCUCUCAGCCCCAACCCCCUCCUCCUGCUGCACCUCAACCACCCCCCCAGAGCCCCACCAGCUCUGAGCAGCCCCCACCCCCUCCUCCCCCAGCCAUCCCUCCCCCUCCCAACUCCCAGUACCCCCUUCCUCCAGGGCAGAACUCUUACAACCCCAUGCCCUACCCCAACAAUGACCCCAACCAGAUGAGAGGUUACAACCACAACCAGGGCAGGCCCAGCUAUGGGCAGAGCUACCAGACUCCAAACUCAUACCAGCAGCAGCAGAAUAACAACCAACACCAGCAACAAGGACAGGGUCAGUAUGGACCAGGAGCUGGGAGAGGAGAGGCCAACAAAAACAAGAACCAUCAACAACAACAGCCACAGCAACAAGGACCGCAGCUCUGGCACCGCAUGAAACAGGCACCUGGAGCAGGUGCGAUGAAGUUCAACAUUCCCAAGCGACCCUACGUCAUGACCAAUCAAAGUUUCCCUCCUGGGGAACAACCCACUGGAUUGGCUGCUACUCCUUCCUCCCCGGCUGCUGCUCCUGCUGCACCUGGCGGUGCCCAGACACGGCCCCAGGACUGGCCCCAGGCGAUGAAGGAGUAUGUUCAGCGCUGCUUCACAGCCUGUGAGAAUGAGGAGGACAAGGACCGCACCGAAAAGGGGCUGAAGGAGGUCCUACAGAAAAGACUACAGGAUGGGUCUGCCUACACCAUCGACUGGGACCGCGAGCCUCUGCCUGAACUGAAGGCCAAGCAGUCUCGCUGGGAGGCUGUACCCACCCAAAGGACUCUGGAGAGUUCUGUGGGCCGUGGUGGGGGUACAGGUGGGGCUACGCGUGGCAGGGGUGGUGGGGCCAGGCUGGGACACUACAGGAACGUCUUCUCCCAGAGAAGCCCCUCAUCCAGCUCCUCAGGCUCCUCCUCUCGCUCCCCCUCUCCCUCCCACAACCGACACAGGGACCGCAAUGGCCAGAGACACAGGCGCAGUGACUCUGAGUCCCAGUCGGACAGCAGCAUGUCCAGUGACCUCCGAACCCAGCUUCCCCGGCGCAAUCAGAAAGGAGGGCGUGGCCGUGGGGGCGACAGGGACCGAGGCAGAGGGGGUGGAGAGAGGGGACGAGGAAGGGGCGGAAGAGGCAACAGAGGACGGAGAAACAUGGAUGACGCUAACUCCACCGUCCUGGGCAAGAAGAGGAAAGGUGGGAACGCCGGCCUGGACUUCCACGACCCCCACCGCGAGGCCAAGAAACAAAGCCGAGCGGCACGCUUCCACAACACCAAGAUGCGUUCAGAGCCCCUGGUGCUGUCCAUCAACAACCUGGAGCUGCCCAAGGAGGACCUGAGCUGGGACGACUGCCCCAUCGUAGGCACCUGCCAAGAGAUCACCAAGAUCUACCUGAGACUCACCUGUGCCCCUGACCCUGCCACCGUGCGUCCCGUAUCUGUGCUGAGGAAGUCUCUGUUGGCCGUGAAGGCCCACUGGAAGACCCGUCAGGACUACCCCUACGCCUGUGAACAGAUGAAGUCCAUACGACAGGACCUCACGGUCCAAGGAGUUCGUACAGAGUUCACAGUGGAAGUAUACGAGUGCCAUGCACGCAUUGCUCUGGAAAAGGGCGACCACGCAGAGUUCAACCAGUGCCAGAUGCAGCUGAAGGCCCUGUACAAGGACAACCCGUCAGAGAACAUAGGGGAGUUCACUGCUUACAGACUACUCUACUAUAUCUUCACUAAAAACUCUGGAGACAUCACGACUGAGCUGGUGUACCUGACUGCGGCGCUGCGGGCGGAUGAGUGUGUGUCCCACGCGCUCUCCCUCCGCGCCGCCUGGGCUCUGGGAAACUUCCACCGUUUUUUCCAGCUCUACCGGAGAGCCCCACGCAUGGCAUCCUACCUCAUAGACAAGUUUGUAGAGAGGGAGAGGAUGAUCGCUCUCAGGGCUUUAUUCAAAACAUUCAGACCAGACUUGCCGGUGGAGUAUGUGCAGUCCAGUCUGGGCUUCCUUUGUUUAGACUCUUGCAUGGCCUUCCUCACAGGCCUGGGGGUCACCUUCUUCCCCUCUGACCCCAGCAAGAUAGACUGCAAGAUCAGCUCAGCCUGUCUGGCAGCCUCCUGAGGGGGUGGGGGGUUUACCGGGGAGGGGGGAAAGCACACUAAAGGGAGAUACUGAGAGCUAGACAGGGUCAGGAAUGUACCCUCCAGUUAUACUGCACUACACUUCAGGAGGGAGACUAGUGGUUAGACUGAAACUACAAUUUAGUCCUGUAGAAAGAGGGAGAUAUGCACUAGGACCCACUAAAUCACUUAAGGUUGAAAUUCAGUGAGGAUCCCACCCACAGAUGCAAUGUGCUCACAGAUAUGGACUGUAUAACAAGAGUGGGGGAGAUUAUCUGCAUACAUGCUGCACAUCAAAUACAUUUAGAAUAGCUUAGUCCCACACAUCUCUGAACAGCUCAAGAUAUUAAUUAUACUUUCGACUUAGAACAUUAUAAUGACGAACAGAUGUUAGGCAUUAGUUCAAUGUAAGACCUGAAGAUCAAGCGCCAACUCACACAGAUCAGGGAACAGCGUAGCCUCAAGGUCUCCCAUCCACUAUCGCUCUCAGAAGUUUUAAGCUAACAGUGUUCUGUUAUGUUUUUCCUUCCCUCAAGUCAACAGCCUCAAACUCAUGCGAAGACAAGCCUUGAGAACCCAAGAGGGAGAUGAAAACUAAAUGAGCUAAAGUCAUCCCUCAAGCCCUCAUCCAACAGGCUGCUCAUCCACUCCAAAACCAAACCGUCAACCAGCGAAGAGGUUUAUCUGUUCAGGUGUUCAGCUCUAGAGACUGUGCUAGCCCUUUGCUGCUUUCAGGAAGCCUUUGUGAUCCAGCGUCCAAUCCGGGAGAGGAGGAGAUGGUGGUUUGUAUGUCCUGUCCCCCCUUCCCUCAAGCUGUCUACGAUUGGCGAUCGGGUGGGGAAAGUUACCCCCGCAUCCUGUUGCUGCGUAGCCCUGCACACUUGUCACCCCUGAAAGGUAUUGACUGAGAAAUUUAAAGGUUCUGAUUGGCUCCUUGCCCAGGUUGGCCACAGCCAUCCUUACCCCACAGUUGUCCGCUACCCACAGACUUAUAAAGUGUGAUGGUGGAUACAGUCCCCUAAUAUUUACCAAGAAUGGCCUCUGCAAUCCCUCGGUAUGUGUCCAGGAGGCAGGAUAUCCACCUAUAGUCCAUCUAUCCCCUGAGAGCAGACAAGGAGGCAGUUUCCCACCCCUUAAGAGUACCAAAUAACCAAGUUGAGGCUCUGAGCGAGCCUGUGGUGUAUCCGAUCAACAGCUCCCUCAGCAGCAUGGGAUAGCAGUCGUCAAGCACUCCCACCACACAGGAAAAAGUCAGCUCCAUCAAGAUGGUGGCAAAGUCUUCAGCUUCAAAUAUGGUGGCUGGAUCAGUCCCGCCACACAACAGAUGGAGAUGAGAUCGCUGUCUGUGCAGAUGGCAGCAACGUCUGGGUUUGUAUGCUCCACACUCCGUUCAGUAAGGCUGAGUAUGUAUGUAUGGCUGGUAAGAAAAAUGACUGUUGGUGUGCUGGAAGGAGGUGGAGGACAGCACGGCAAAGAUCACCUGGUAUUCACUAUUGGCUCAUUCACAAACACUAACCAUUGGUUUGGGUUAAGGUGUAUGUAAUCAAGUUUAUGGUAAUUGCUUAAAUUCCAUCCACAUGAUGAUAGUGUGUCUGAAAUUGUGAUAUAAAAUUAAGGGUGCCAGUAUUAACCCCCCUCAUUUUUAAAAGAAUGAUGAAGCCAAACUGUACAAUUAUGCAGGUGCAGAUACACAAAUUCAGGUUUAAAAGGUAACUGUCCUCAAUUGAAAAUUGUCAUUCUGACACAAAACAUUAGUUUAGGACAUUAAUGUUGACGGCUAAAGCAUACAAGACUCUGCUUAUCAAAUGUUUGUCUGUAAUCAAAUCAUCUGCUUAUUUAUUUAAAGCUAAGAAAUCAUGUGAUAUCUUUAAAACCCCAUUGCAGACAUUUUGGUUUUCAGUAAAGGCAGGUGAGAGUGAAGGAUUGUCGAGUAGUUAUUUAUGGGUCCUAUCCAGCAGUUAUACAUUAGGCUACAUCCCUGUGUAUACUCUUGAUAAGAUCUGAAGCGAGGAGACUAGUGUGGAGAGUUAAUUGUAAAUCAACAUAAUUGUCAAUACAUAAAUAGAACCUAGAAAUGGAACAUGAGUUGGUGAUAUCAGUUGAUCUAAUAUCAGCAUAUAUACCCCUUGUUUUCAGGCAUGACCUUGAAGAGUAUUAACUUGAUUCACAUCAAAGCUCGAGGUAUUUUAGUGAGUUCAGUGCCAUUGCGGAGAUAUCAAAUUUAUUUGUCACAUGCACUGAAUACAACUGGUUCAGACUGAAAUGCUUACCUACGAGCCCUUUCCCAACAAUGCAGAGUUACAAAGUAAGAACAAUUUAUAUAAAUACAAAAGGAAUUUGGUAACACCAUAAAAUAACUAACAAGGCUAUACACAAGAUAGGACUCAACUUUCAGGAUGAACAGAAGUCUGUGCUGUAACAAAUGUCAUGUGUGCUCAUCUAUAGAGUAGAUGUGUCAGUAUCUAAUGUACAUUGUUAUGGAUUCAGUUGGCCUUGUUGUGGAUUCAGUUGGCCUUUAUUCAUUGGACAUUUUGAUAUGUCUUAUGUUUACCAGGGCAAGUGUAAUUUUGACAAACGUAUAUGGUGAAUGAGAAGCUAAAGCAUUUUAGAUAUGGGUAAUAAACAAUGUAUUCUUAAGACAAUCGAUGUGAAUAUGUAAAUUAUAGUUACAAAUCUAAAGUUGGAUGAUUUGGAAUACAUUGCCUGUUUUUGAUAUUGCCGUGGAUUUAAAUGGGGAAAUGAUAGUAACUGCUUUUUGUAGUGCAAACACUUGCGUGAUUUCUACCCUAUAUUUUUGACCGCUUAUUCAAUAAGUUUGCAGGACAGGUUUAUAUUUUGGGCUUUUACAGGGAUUGAAAAUGGGAUAUUUGCUGUAUAAACCAAAUUUUUCUUGCCAAAUGUCCCUUAGAUAUGCACACCUUGGUUGACCACUUUCAUUUCUUAAUCAUUUUUUAAAAAUGCUCAUCUUUUGUGAACCCAUUUUUUUUUUUUUUGAUUUGAUUUACUGCAAUUCUGUGUCAUCUCAACCUUUCUGGCUUUCUGUAAUCAUGAACCUCUUGCAGUGGUAUUCAAAGUCAGCAUCGCGACCCAUGAGGGAAAUGCGAAAACAUUCAUAGGUCAUAUUGUAUGGGACAAUAUAGAAACGAUUUUGAAAGGGAUAAUUUAAAAAAUCUAUUUUUAUUGAGUAAAUGUAUUUAUUGGUUUAUUUUCAUUUCGAUGAGAUGAACAUGUAAUGAAUUGAAGGUAAAAACAAAUUAAAGGUUGUCAGUAGGUUUGGAAAUUCUUCUGGCCAAAAAAAAUUGUUCCCCAGAAAUUCUGGUGGAAAAAAUGGUGUCCCCAACUGAAAAAGUUUGAAUAUCACUGCCUUAGAGAUAAGUAAUGUACUAAGACCCCCACACAACAUCCUGAUGGCAAGAGAAAGGUUUGGUUGAAGGCACUGCACUCCCAUUAGCCAAGAAACAAACUUGUUGUGUUGCUCAAGUCUCCCAUUUGUCAAUUUCUUUGGAAGUAGUUUGUCAAAGAGCAAACCCAGACCUGUUUCAGAUUAACAGUGGUUUGGCUGGUGUGAGUCAGUGUUUUGAUAUGGGAACAUAUCAAUAUGGUACCGUCAUUAUGUUAUUAAUAUUCUUAAUGAUUGGAUUGAGAGCCUGAGAUAUAUAUAUAUCUAUGACAUGACUGCAGGAUCACUUUCAAUAUGAAUGUCUGGAUGAGUGAUCAGUCUUCUCAGCAACCCUUCUACCCAUUUCUAGAUCCCUUUGUGUCAUUUGACUGGCACUAUUUUGUGUGAUAUGUGCUCUCUUCGGUCAUUAAUUUCAGCAGUUGUACUCAUGACUCAACUUGUCCCUUCUCUCAUCUUCUUAUUCUCUGUCCCCCUUUACUUUGUCCCACUCCCGUCACCAGUCCUUUUCUCUUAUUUUUCUUCUUGCAGUACUGCAUUACAGGAGCAAAAGGAAUGUGAAAAGAGAGCACCUCCUCCCAGCCUCCAGAAGCAAGCUGGAGAGAGGGAAAAGUGUGAGAAAUGCAAGACUUGAUACUGCCAACUCAAGUUCAAGCCAUUUUGUCAAUAUGACCUGAUGUUGCUGUGUCUUAUACAUGGGAGCCUGACUUCAAUUGUUUUAGUCAAGUCUUUUGAAUGUAUUUUAUUUGACUAUUCUUAACUUGAAUCAAGAAAACUAGUUUGCCAGAAACAAUUUUGGAAGACUUGCAAGUUCUGUCUAUAGUUAGGAAGGCCUAUACCUCUAAACCAUCAUAUGUGUUAAUGUAUACUGUUUGUCCAGAAACAUUUGCAUGCGUUCUUGUUUUUCAUAACCAUGGUGUUCUCUAGAAAUUGCUUUGUCAUUAUGUUAACUUCUCAAGUACAGAUAAAUAUUUGUUAUGGCAACCUUUUUUGGUCAGUGAAUAUUUGGCAUCUCUGUAACCUUGAUGUAUUUUGUCAGCUGCCUCGUGUGGUCUACCUGUAAAUUAAUUUGCCUGCAUUUGGUAUUUGUCGUAAUACAAUGGGAGUUAUUUUAACUUGGAAACCCAUUAAUUGGUAUCUCUAGCAUGUAAACUACUUUUUGGGAUUUGAAAUGGAUCUGGACAUACAGCAUACAAGUUCCAUUAUAUCAAGGAAAAUACAUUCUAGAUAUUUUUUUUCUUAUCUGCUUAUAUUUGGUCACAUUCCUGUCAGUUUUGAGUAGUCUGGUAGUAGUUGGCUCCCAUAUCAGAAUGUUGCUCUGUCUUGCUCUGUACCUUUCCUAAACAGGAUGCUUCUCUGUCUUGUCUCUGUUGAUUUCAGACACCUCUUCAACAGUCAAGUUCAUGUAGCGUGCUAUCUCCUGGUCAGAUGUUUAACAUUGCAGAACCUCUCAUAUCUCACAUUGAUGCUUUAGUUCUGACACAUUCAUAUUUUUUGUUCAAUAAUGGUUUAUAACUGUACAUUUCCAUUUAAUUAACAAUGCUUCUCCUUUUUAAAAUGUGCUGCUCCUCCUCUUACUCUCUCAACUGUUCCUUCUGACACUUGUGGGUUUGUUUUUUCCUCUCUUGAAGUUCUUGAAGCACAUCACUGUGUAACUCCUGCCUCCAUUUGUCCUAUUAGACUGCACUUGAACAAUUCCCUUUUACUUCAGCCUGAUGCAUCGGUUCAUUUUUAAUUCUUCACUGUCUUUAGUGGAUUUGUUCUGUUGCUCCUUUUCUCUCCUCACUCUUCUUACCUGCAUGUGUCCCCUCCCUCUUCCCUUCUAUCAGAAUAUCUCCUUUCUCCACCCUCAUGUUGAGUAUCUGUUUGCUAGUGACUAUUGUUGCUGAGUAACUCUCCAUUCUCGGUAGUAAGUAUUGCUUCUACACUGCUCAGGUGGUUUUUGUUGCAGCUAGCUGAAACUAAAGGAUAUACUUGCAAAAUAUCCCUCCUCCCCAGUCUCAACCCUCCCUGGAUUGUAUUUGAAAUGAAAUACUCCCGUUUUGUAAAUACUGUGUACAUAUGUAUUUUUGUCUUGAACCUAAUAAAAUAAAAGUUUAGAAAUAA